UCUUGCUGGUCAGUUGGUGGGGAGGACCAAACUGUAACUUUAGCUGUGGUGAAAGCGAUGUUUUUUUUGUUCUUUAGAUUUUAAGGAUACGUCACUAUUCGUCAAAGCUGGAUUGUGGAUCUCGUGCUCAUUUAAAAGAUGGAUUUAGACGUGUGUGCAGGCGGGAACAGUACCAAGGGAAAAGCUGAUUCGGCUCAUGCAGGUGAAGGAGGCGCUAUGGCGACCGUGCCUCUGGAGCUCUAUGACUCCGCUAGAGCGAAAAUAGAUGCAAAUCUCCGCUGGCUGUUAGCCAAAGCUUACGGUAUAGACCACAUCCCAGAAGAUCUAUGUGACCCCUUCUACACGGACCAGUAUGAGCAGGAGCACAUCAAGCCGCCCGUCAUCAGACUGCUGCUGUCCGGGGAGCUGUACUGCCGUGUCUGCGGCCUCAUCCUGAAGGGCGAGCAGGCCUCAGCGCUCCAGUCCCACCUGUCCGUCAUCCAGGCCCUCUCCCGGAAAGGCAUCUACGUCCUGGAGAGUGACAACAACCCAGUCUCUGACGGUGACCUGGACUGUAGCCCCAUCAAGAUGAGUUCCCACAUACCAUUAAUUGAUUCCCUGAUGAUGGCCUACACAGUGGAGAUGAUCAGCAUAGAGCAGGUGGUAGGCUGCGUCAAACGCUUCUCCACCUUCAGCGCCUCCAAGGAGCUGCCCUUUGACCUGGAGGACGCCAUGGUCUUCUGGAUCAACAAGGUGAAUAUGAAGAUGAAGGAGAUCACAGAGAAAGAGACCAAAAUCAAGCAGCAUCUGCUAGAGUCCCCCAGCCACCAAAAGGUGCGAUACCGUAGAGACAACCUCUCUGGCCGGCAUCUCCAGCACUUCCCCAUGCUGGAUGACCUCAUGAAGGACAUGUGUGAUGGAGCCGCUCUGCUGUCAGUGGUGCACUUCUACUGCCCCGAAUGUAUGAGGCUAGAGGAUAUUUGCCUGAAAGUGGUGUCCUCCGUAGCAGACAGCCUGUACAACAUCCAGCUCUUGAGGGAGUUUUGUAAUGAGUACCUGAACCGAAGCUUCCACCUGCGUCCAGAAGAUGUGCUGUAUGCUCCCCCAGUGCUGAAGCACAAUGUCAUGGUGUUCAUCGCAGAGCUAUUCUGGUGGUUUGAGAUCCUCAAGCCCGACUUUGUCCAGCCCCGGGACUUGCAAGAAGUCAAAGACGUGAGGUCACUGCUGCAGCCCAAGGAUUCCCGCCCCCAUGUCUCCAUCUCCAAUGCUACCAAACGCAACUUCCUGGCCACACCUGGCUCUCCUGACAUCAUAACAACGUCCCAUAGCCCAGAUAUCUGUAACAGUACCAAAGUCAGUCCUGCGUCUAGCCCCUCACACUUAUUACUCCCCCUGAGACAGAGGCAACAGAAGUCCAUACAGAAGAAUGACGCCUCAGGGCAGAGAAACAGGUCCAACUCUCUGUCACGUGUGGACAGUCAAGUUCAGGGGUCAAGCCUGGCCUGGCCAGAGAGAAGACAGAGACCCCUUUCCCAGCCGGUGCCCUACGCCCUCCACUUCCCCCUGGAGAGAGAGUGCGAUGGCCUGAGCCUGGCCCACUCCAUCAGCAAGGACAGCCUGGGAUCCAACAUCAUCAGCAUCACACCCAAACACGUGCCUGGUGGGCCGGGGAUGGGUGUACAACUGCCCCCCCACAGGCUCAACGGUCAGGACAUGAUGGGCCACAUCCGCUUCAAGGACAAGGAGAUGGAGGAGGAAGAGCUGGUGGCCAUCAUCCACCCGGCGGCUCUGGCCAGGUGCUACGGCCCCCGUGCCUCCCCCGAGAGUGAUGAAAUGGAGCAGGAUGACCUGGAGGUCCAGAGUGAGGUGACCUCCAGAGUGUCCAGUGCUCGGCACGCCUACUGCCUCGCUGCCCCUCACCCCGACCGCCUCGCUGCCCCUCACCCCGACCCCCAGCCUGAGAGUUUCUACCUGGAGCCCCUGAUGCCAGCUGUUUUUAAGACCGCCAAAGAGAAGAGCAUCAGCCUGAACAAGGAGGAGGAAAGCGGGGAGAGUACAAGCAAAGCGGUCCUUAAGAGAACCACUGAGGGUCUUAAUUGCACGUUCACCCCCAUCCCCAAUGUGGAGGCCACCUCUGGUCCCUUCAGACCACCCACGAAGGGGGGUACGGGUUCUUCUCAGCUCCCUCUGAUGGGGGCAGCAGAGCCCAUCACCAGGGAUCAGUCUUGUGGCUUCUUCCUCCACCUGUCACCGGAGCCCGGGGACCAAACGACGACCUUCUUGGGGCUGGCACCGAGCUACAGCCCCUUCCCCACCGCCAUUACUACAGCUUGGGUGGGCCGAGACUCAUACUCUGAGAUUGCAAACCUGGAAGAGGAGGAGGAGGAGGAGGAGGAGGAUCAGAUGGAGCUGGCCAAGGAAGUGGUGAGGAGGGUCAUGGGGAAGUGCCUGGGAGAGGGAGGGGAGAGCAAAGGGGAACCGGAGGGGGGCGAGGGCGAGUCGGCCAAGCUCCGGGAGGACAUGAAGGUGUGCGAGCGCGAGGACAAGGAAGGCCUGGAAGCCUGGAGCGGACCGUCCAGCCCUUGCCUUAGCACGGCAUCUUGGGCCAGCAGUGUGUGCAACAGCGGCACCAUGCGAAUGACCAGCUUUGCAGAGCGCAAGCUCCACCGAAAGGUCAACAGCUUUCCCGACGACUGCUCCAAUAACAGCAGCUCCCAAAAGACCACACCCGAUGGCUCGGAGAGCGCCCCCUACACUCUAGGAGGCUUGUGGUGCCUGCAGGCUCCUAGCCCAUGUCGGCUGGCUAAAGACGGUGCUUUGCGGGUCAGAAAGGAAGUUGGCACCACCAACGUCCUGGCCUCAGAGCUGGUGCAGCUCCACAUGCAGCUGGAGGAGCAGCGGCGGUCCAUAGAGCACCAAAAGAAGAAGAUGGAGACCAUAUCGGCGUGCCAGCGACUCAAGCUGGGCAAGGCUGCCUUCCUCAACAUUGUCAAGAAGGGGGGUGGCAAGAACAACAUGCUGCCCCAGCCCCUUAAACACCUGGAGACCCAAUAUCAGACGGCCGGCAAGGACAAGGCUUGCAGGGACGACUCGUGUUUGGAUGUCCUGAAGGGUCAGAGGAAGGAGGGACAGCAGCAGAGGGACAGGGACAACAGAACAAACAGUGGCGGUGCAGGGCCGCCGGAUGAGGCGGGGGUCGAGCCAGACCUGAGCGAGUGUAGCCGCUCCAUAGAGUUGCUGAAUGAAGCCAUCAGUGCCAUUCAGCAACAGAUGAUGCAGCUGUCUCUACAGCAGGACCGUCUGAUAAAGCAGAGCGUCCAGUCACCCCUAGGGGUCCUGCAUGCCGCCUCCCUUCUAUCCCUGCCAUCAUCCCCUACACCCAACCAAGACACCUCUUCAAUUCCUUCCUCAGACUCCACCGUUACCCCCACCACUCACUCAGACUCCACCGCUACCCCCACCGCUCACUCAGACUCCACCGCUACCCCCACCGCUCACUCAGACUCCACCGCUACCCCCACCGAUUCCAAAUUCCGCCCGGCCGUGCGUUUCAUGGAGACCAUCACCACCGCUCCACCCGUCCGCCGCCCUCCCAAACUGAGCUCCGGAUGCAGCCCCAGGACCAAACCCGCAGAACUCAAACUGACUAAGGAGAAUGGCAGGCUGGCUUCCAAGACCGGCACCCUUGCAUCCAACACAGACCCUAGGCGCUCCCCGGGGUGGCACACCACCUCCCGAGGGGAGCAGGAUAGGGACCGGAGUCAGAACAGCAGCCCCACCUGCGUGAUAUUCACAGAGAGCCCAAGGGCCUUGGAGAGAGGCACGCUCCGUAGCACCACCUUCAAGAUCAGAGAUGAUGCCAACCAGCGCAGCCACAGAGACGGGCCCACCCUUAACCCUAAGCAUACCCCCCCUAAGGAUUCAACCCCCUAUGGCACCCCUCUCACACCCCACUGUGUGGACGCGGCUGAGGGGCGGGAGCAUAGCGGCUCAGGGAAGGAGAUCGAGCCCGGCGAGGAGGGAGGUCGAGGGAAAGGCCAGCUGAUUGAGGUAGACCUGUCUGACCAGAAGGAACCAUCGGAGGGAAAAGACUCCGAUAUAGGGGACACCUCGGCAGACGGAGAACAGAAGUCAGGACUGGGUUUCUUCUUCAAGGACGAUGAGAAGAUGGCAGAGGAUGAGAGGGCAAAGCGUCGCACUCACUUUCUCCUCAAACAGCAGCGGAAGAUGGAGGAGGCACGGCUCCGCAAACUGCAGACGGAGGCUGAGAGCGAACAGAAACGAGACGAAGCCAGGCGUAAGGCAGAAGAGGAUCGUGUGAGGAAGGAGGAGGAGAAGGUGCGGAGGGAGCUGAUCAAGCAGGAAUACCUGAGGAGGAAGCAGCAGGAGCUGAUAGAGGAGCAGGGUUUGGUUAAGCCCAGGUGUAAAGCUAGGAAGACCCGGCCUAAGUCCCUGCAUCGUGGAGAGUCCUGCUCCGACACCGGCUUCUCCAAGGGAUCCUCCACACGUUAUUCUCUGAGAGCAUCCAUGUUGAUGAGAGCCCAGGGAUCAGCAGCAGGCAGUAGGGGAGAGGACAUUCUCCACUGUUUCCAAUCAGGCUCCACUCUCUCCUUGGCCACCGAGACAGUGAGUGUCACUUUUGGAGGAGCCAAACCACAGAGGCGUGGGUCGGUGGAGUCGUUUCCUCUUCUAAGCAUGAACUCCAGUAGGAACAUGGAGAGAGACUGGGAGAACGGCUCUACAGCCUCCUCCUUCACAUCUACACUAGAGUACAAUGGUCCCAAGCUGUUUAAGGAGUGUGUUUCCAAGUCCAACAAGCCGAUAAUCCACAAUGCCAUCACCCACUGCUGCCUGGCUGGCAAGGUCAACGAAGCCCAGAAGAACACCAUCCUAGAGGAGCUGGAGAGGUGUGAGGCCAACCACCUGAUGAUUCUGUUCAGGGACGGUAGCUGCCAGUUCCGAGCCAUCUACUCCUUCUCCCCCGACACAGAGGAGAUUGUCAAGUUCACCGGCAUGGGGCCACGCAGCAUCAGCCGCAAGAUGAUUGACAAGCUUUACAAGUACAGCUCCGACCGCAAGCAGUUCAACUGCAUCCCCGCCAAGACCGUGUCAGUCAGCGUGGAUGCCCUGACCAUACACAACCACCUGUGGCAGAUCAAGAGGCCCAGCGGAUCUUCUAGGAAGAAGUGAGGAAGGGAAGAAGAGGAGGACACACCAUAGGCAUUCAUUCUACGAUUGGGCAGGACCCAGUAGUCUCGGAUAUGACCAUUCUGUGGGUUUGGCCUGUUGAUGACGGGGGAUUGGUCUAUUGCUGUGUGUGUGUAGCCUUCGGAUUGGUGUAAAUGGCGGUCUCCGUGGAGAUGGACCUGAGAAUUUUAAUGAACACCUUCCAACUAACCGAAUGAGUCUUUUAAAGAUUAGGAAUGUUUUAGUUUUUUCUCAAGGCAGUUUUCUGCAUGUGGCACUUUUUAUGUUUGAAGUAUUAGGUUUAUGCUAACUAAGGAAUAGCCUAUAGUUUAGCACUGAACACACUUCUUCUAUACAGUACUUUACCCGUAUGUAGUGGAUCAAAAAGACAAAACCACAGCCAUUGUCAAAAUUGUUUGAAAGUGUUUGUUCUAGUCGGGCAAAAUCCUGCAGCUGUGACCCCUCUGAUCUCCUUCAAAAGGCUAUUUAUUCAAUAAUACUAGUAUGGGCUUUUAAGUUAUUUUACCAUGAAUAAACUUUACUUAACAUUUUUGAAAAUGAUGAGAAAGAUAAGUCUUGUUUUUGUGUGUGUUUUUUCAGAUGUUUGUGGGAAUGCGUGGCUGUGUGUCUCUCUGAAUGUGUUUACUCGUUAAAUUAUGCUUUAACAAAGAGGGGUUGGGAAUGCGUGGCUGUGUGUCUCUCUGAAUGUGUUUACUUGUUAAAUUAUGCUUUAACAAAGGGGUUGGGAAUGCGUGGCUGUGUGUCUCUCUGAAUGUGUUUACUCGUUAAAUUAUGCUUUAACAAAGGUUUUAUCAUGCAGUGGAAUAAGCUCCACCACUGUUUAAUUCAGUUAAACGAUGAAUGCUCUUGUCCCAGGAGAAGGGAGGCUCAUCAUUUCCUCAGUGUUAUUGUUAGUGGUGAGGUGGUGAUUAGUAUUUACUCGGUUCCAAACGAGCACGCUUUGGGUUUCAGUCUAUUGCACUCUAUCUUACAGUAUGUUAUAGCAGAAUACUGGCCCACGAUCAAUGGUACUCAUGAAGAUCCAAAUCCACUGAAUGCUCAGCUCACUCUUACCAGCAGAGAGACACCAAGGUCUUCUGCUCCUUUUCACUAACACACUGGAACCUGAUCUGAAGUAAUUGACUAGGUUUAGGAUUUUUUUUGGCAAUGUGAUCUGGCCAGGACAACAAAAACAACUAUUGGCCUUACUUGCAGCCUAUAACAUGAGCCAGGAUUUUUCCCUAGUCACAUGGUCGAGGAAAGUCCUGGCCCCAUUCAUGACCUAAACCUGCUGUCUGUGAGCACUAAGAGCAGCUCUACCAUGACUGACUAUGCCUCAAGUUCAUUCAAUUCAAGGGAAACUGGACAAUACUUGAUAUUAUUUGCUGCAUUUUGUACAUGUGAGUAGUGGUUUUGUAUAUACUGUACCACCUUAUGUUUACUAAAAAAUUUCAUUACUGGCUUUAAAGAUUGUAUUUGUUUCUUUAAAAUAUUCUACUAUAUAUUUAUUUUGAAAAACACUAGUGUAAUAAAUAAUACUGGUUCCUUUG